UCAUUGUUUACUUGCAGCACCAGCAUCGUCGGAUCCCGCCCGCCCGAGCACCACAUAGAUCGAAAACAAACAAGCGUGGACGGCAUAAGGCUGCAGCUUGCAUCCGACAUCCAAACGCCCGAUCACAAUGGCCGCGUCCUCCAACCCAGCCGCCUCCCGAAGCGCCUCGCCUGCCCCUGAUAGUCUCCCUCGGAAGGCCGUUGGGGCUCGCUCGGAGAUGUCCCGCUGCUUCUCCACCGGCUCGACCAUCUCGCACGGUUCCGCAACGACUGACAACUCCCACCACCGCGAAUCGCUCGGUAGCGAUGCCUCGGCCGUUUCCCGGAACUCUUCAUCGAGCUACCGUCUCUCCGACAUCAGCGUCAACAGCGAUCAGCUUAGGCCAAGGGAUUCGACUUGCAGCGUGCCGCUAACACCGAGGGGGAGGAGCCCAAACAGGCGUCGGGGCUACAUGCGCCCGCAGGGCACUGAUUUCGCCGCCAGCGCCCGACACAGGGAGAGCGUGCUCAGCUUGGGCAGCAUCGCCCACAUCCAGUACUACUUCGCCCGGACCGGCCUGCUUGACGGCAAAGGGGGCCGGUUGAUGCGAAGGCGGGAGAACAAGGCGCACACUCUGGACCUGUCCGCUCUCGACCCGGGCGUCUUCUUGACCCCCAAGCCCGGCAGUGACCACGAUUCGAGCUAUGCCUCCAUGGGAAGCAGCCCCGACUUGACAGGCGCGCAAGGCGGCUUCAGCAAUGCCGUGGCGCUAGACAACGGUCCCAUGGUCGAGUCGCCCGUCGACGAGUACCACCCAGACCAGCAAGAUGAAGACUACUUCUCGGACGACUUCGAGAUAGACCCAAACAUGCCACCCCCCACAACCAGCACUUACAUUCACCGCGAGAAGCCGAUACCAAAGCCACCAUCCAUGGCCGAGUUGAGGUCCGACUUGACAAGCUCCCUAGAUGUUGCCGAGCAGACGUUGCGUGAGGCCAAGAACGCCAAGAUGCCCCCCGAGCUCACCAUCCACGUUGAGUCGGCGGAUUCCCAGCCGCAAGACGGGCGGCGUCCCUCGGUCCCGUUUGGAGGGUGGUACGGGGUCCAGGGGAUGAGCAUUCUCGACGUCAUGACACUAGCUAUCAGGGCCGCCAAGAUUUACUACACCUCCCACGACCGCCCCGACCGUCUCGACGCGAUCAAGUCGGAGAAGGAGCUUCGUGGCGAACUGCUGUCUGUCAUGGACGUCCUCAAGCGCAUGGCGACAAGAGGCUUUGUCGGCGGCAUGCGCGGAGACGAGUUCCAGACGAUGGACAGCUGGAUCGCCAGUGUGCGCGCCAUGCUGGCUGCCGAAGAUGCCAUGGAGGCCAAAGAGAUUGCCGAGCGGGCAUCCUGGACUUGGCUCGACCCAGAAGGCUGGGAAGGCCGCGAGUUUGAGCGCGAGGAGGCCUUCAUGCGCUCCAUGCUCAAGGGACCCGACCCGAUCGAGAACAUGCCAGUCAUACCCAAAUGGACGCCGAUCGACCGGUCGCAACCGCUCGAAUCGCAGUCCCUCCCCACCCCCUUCCUGGCGGCACUCUCAAACGGCCAGCGCCUGGUUCAACUGCACAACUGUGCAGUCCGCAAAUCCCGCCGUCGCUUCGGCUUCAUCCCGACCUUCUACGCCAACACACAGAAACCGUACCGCGGGGCCGACAACCUGCGCUACUGGCUCAAGGCAGCCGAGCUGCGCUGGGAGGUGCUGCUCAAGGCCGACCCGAUCGGCCUGCAAUACAACAGCAGCCCGGAGCUCUGGGUUGAGUUUGAGGAUGCCGUGUUGCAGUGGUGUCGCAAGGUGCGCGAGGAGAUCACUGCCGAGUUGCGCGAACCGGAGCCGGAGCCGGAGCCGAAGCCCAAGACGACGACGACGAGGACAACGACGACGACGUCAUCGUCUGCCUGAUGACGAGCUCUCCUGGCCGGCCUCCAUUUCACCCGCCCCACCAGACACCGGGGGACAGAGUUGCAUGGUAUUUUUCUC